GUAUAUUGUACAGGACGAAAUCCACUACUAUCAUGUCGCAAUUAUAGAAACGUCAAAUUUGACAGUUUGGCCCCUUCCCCAUCUGGAAAACAGUCACAUUUUAAAAAAGUGAAGCGCAGUCAGUACUUUCCGGAUGCACACAGUAUCACGUUUUCCACAUGUUUCAUGUUACAUGUUAAUAUGGAACCUGUGAAUCUUUUUACUCACACUUUCCUCCCUUGCACAGAUUCCCGAGUCUCUGCAACAUUUGAAUCAAGAAGCUCAUGUCGUCACGCACGCACGCACACACUGCAGCACAUCUCCUUUUGUAUGAUCUCCUCUUUAUAAGUCUUCUUUUUUUUUUUUUUUUUUGUGGAGAGCACCUCUUACAUUUUAAUCGCCUUUUUUUUGUGUGCAUGUGAGCGCUGAGGUCGUCCUCGCGGGCAAACAGAAUAUUUUGUCAGCCGCAAUCAAAGCUCGCAUCAGACUCAACACGCCGUCCUUUUUUUUUUUUUUUAUUGUCGACUUUAUUGCUACAAAUGAGACACAAAUGGCCAGGAAAUUGUCCUGCCCCCCCGCACAGUGUAGCAUGAAAGUGAAGCAAAGCUAGCUUGUCAAUCAAUAGCGCGUGGACCUCCUCCAAAGCCAAACGAUCUUUAUUUGAAUCGUGAGCCAAACGAUCUUUAUUUGAAUCGUGUGGUUGUGUUAAUAGAGUUUCCUGCUUUAAAGGGAGUUGGGAAAUGUUGCUGCCUUGAACACACAGAAUAGCCAAAACUGAAACGGUAAUUUCACGUCACCCGUCUGUCGAGUAUACGUGGUUUAAAUUUGGUAGCGAUUGGACAAAAUGUCUAGGCAUAAGUUAUGUUUUUGUUGUUGCUGGAAAUGGCAAAAAUAACCCUAAAAUGGACUUCAGUUCAAUUAGCGUGACGAUGUCAUUUCUGCUGAGUCAUGUUACUCACAAUUUCUUUUCUCUUCCUCUCGAUGGCUAAAAAGGUUUUGGUGUAACAGCUUUGCGCGUAUGUUGAGAGACACAACUUCAGACCAUAGUUACUAUUAUUUAAAAUAUGUCCACGAUAAAACUACAAGUUUGAAGUAUUUAAAACAUGUUUUAUCAGUUUUUCAUGAAAACGGGGUGGGGGCGUUCGAGAAAGAACCCGCCCACAAACAAAGCUAGUGAUUCUCAUUCCACUUCAUUCUCAACUUGGAGUGUUUGUGUAAGAUGUCCACGCUGCGUUAGAGUGACGAGAGAAAAAAAGAAACUCGGCGACAAUUGGAGUAUGAUGACCUUCAGGAAGAUGAAGAUGAAGAUGAUGGUGGCGGUGGCUGUGGCGGUGGCGGUCAUCACUGUGGAGGUCCAGACGACGUCUUGGUCCCAACGAGCUGUGGGCUUGUGUCAUUACGUCUGCGCAUCGGACACCGACAUUCCCACCAAUAUUUCAUCGGACACGCAAUGCCUGGAGGCGCAGAGGACCCAAAUUCGAGUGAUCCGUCGCGGUGCGUUCACUGGCCUUCAGAAACUCAGGAAAGUGAACAUUGUUGACAACGGCGUCCUGAAGACUGUGGCCGGCUUGGCCUUCUCCCGCCUUCCUCGGCUGGCCGACAUCUUCAUCUCAGCAAACAGCGCAUUGGAGUCAAUUGGAGCGUUCGCGUUCUCGGAUCUUCCUGAACUCAGCGAGCUGACCAUCACCAAGUCCAAGCACCUGACGUACAUCCACAAAGAUGCCUUCAAGGACCUCGUCAAGCUACAGCACCUGAUCAUAUCCCACACGGGAAUCACGGCAUUCCCUGAUUUCUCCAAGAUGCACUCGGCCGCUGACUACUUACUGCUCGACCUGCACGACAACAGCCGCAUACAGGAAGUGCCCGCCAACGCCUUCAACGGCGUCUGCACGCAAACCAUCAGAGACAUACGGCUAACCAGGAAUGGCAUCAAGACGGUGGCGAGAGACGCCUUCAACGACACAAAGAUGCACAGAUUGUCUCUGAAGGGCAACCGGCAGCUUAGUCACAUCCAUCCCGACGCCUUCGCGGGUUCCAGUGAGUUGGUCUUACUCGACAUCUCGCAAACGGCGCUGAGCUCACUUCCGGACGCCAUCUUGGGCGGCCUCCGCAGUCUGAUUGCCGAGUCUGCGCUGGGCCUGAAGGAGCUUCCUCCUCGACGAGCCUUCGCCAGGCUGCGCGAGGCUCGCGUCACCUACCCGUCGCACUGCUGCGUCUUCCGACCCGUAAACAAAAACAGUGUUAAUUUUAGUUCCAAGCACCGGAUGUGCUCGCUGCCGGGGGCCCGCGAGGAGGCCGCCUUCUUCCGGGACCACUGCUCGGGGGACUACGACCCCACCUGCAGCCCGGCGCCGGACGACUUCAACCCCUGCGAGGACAUCAUGAGCGGCGCCCCGCUGCGGGCUCUCAUCUGGGUGGUGUCCGUGCUGGCUCUGCUCGGCAACGCGGUCGUGCUGCUCGUCUUGUUAGGCAGCGCGUCCAAGCUGACGGUGCCGCGCUUCCUCAUGUGCCACCUGGCGUUCGCCGACCUGUGCAUGGGCGUGUACCUCCUGGUCAUCGCCGCCAUGGACGCGCUCACCCGGGGACGCUACCACAACCACGCCAUCGACUGGCAGACGGGCCUGGGAUGCGCGGCCGCCGGCUUCUUCACCGUGUUCGCCAGCGAGCUGUCUGUGUUCACGCUGACGGCCAUCACGCUGGAGCGCUGGCACACCAUCACGCACGCGCUGCGUCUGGACCGCAAGUUCCGGCUGAGGCACGCCGCGGCCGUGAUGACGGCCGGCUGGAUCUUCUCCUGCCUCGCCGCGACAUUGCCCGCGCUGGGCGUCAGCAGCUACAGCAAGGUGAGCAUCUGCCUGCCGAUGGACGUGGAGUCGGUGUGGUCUCAGGCGUACGUGGUGUCGCUGCUUCUGCUCAACAUUGUUGCGUUCGCGUGCGUGUGCGCCUGCUACCUCAGCAUCUACCUGGCGGUGCGCCACCCGUCGGGCGCGCCGGCCCGCGCCGACGCCCGCCUGGCCCAGCGCAUGGCCGUGCUGGUGUUCACCGACUUCCUGUGCAUGGCGCCCAUCUCCUUCUUCGCCGUGUCGGCGGCGCUCAAGCGACCGCUCAUCACCGUGUCGGACACCAAGCUGCUCCUGGUGCUCUUCUACCCCAUCAACUCGUGCGCCAACCCCUUCCUCUACGCCUUCUUCACACGCGCUUUCCGCCGCGACUUCGUCCUGCUGGCGGCGCGCUUCGGCCUGUGCAAGGCGCGCGCCCACGGCUACCGCGCCGACAGCUCGUCGUGCCAGCAGCCGGCGUGGGCGACGCCCAAGAGCGCCCCCGUGGGCGUGUGCUUGAUGGCGGUCGGGAAACGCGACAGAUGACGUUGCGACACCAGCUACACCUCCACGGUCCCGUGACGUCCGAUGCGAGACGCGGGCGGACGCGUUUAGAACGACUGCGGCACCGAUG